AUGGAGAGUGAAGGAGGUCCCUUCAAGGGGAUACUCAGAGAUAUCGAAGGUAGACGGAAAUGCUACAAACAAGAUUGGAUUCUUGGCUUCAAAACCGGUUUAAGAAUCUUGGCUCCGACUUGCUAUAUUUUCUUUGCCUCGUCUCUUCCUGUAGUAGCCUUUGGUGAGCAACUAAGUAAACAUACAGGUGGAGCUCUGAGUGCUGUGGAGACAUUAGCUUCUACUUCUCUUUGCGGAAUCAUCCACGCCAUAUUUGGUGGUCAGCCAUUGUUGAUACUUGGGGUUGCGGAGCCAACCAUCAUGAUGUAUACUUAUCUUUACAGUUUCUGCAUUAGUAGACCUGAUCUUGGUCGAGAGCUUUACCUAGCUUGGGUGGCAUGGGUUUGUGUAUGGACUUCAGUUUUCCUUAUCCUUCUUUCGAUAUUCAACGCAUGCACAAUCAUCACAAGAUUUACAAGAAUCGCUGGAGAACUCUUCGGCAUGUUGAUUGCUGUUCUCUUCUUACAAGAAGCUAUCAAGGGAUUGGUUAGUGAGUUUCAAUCUUCCGAGAGGGAACAUCAUGAAUCAGGAGAGUCGGAUUACCUCUGGCUAUAUACAAAUGGUUUGCUUGCGGUAAUUUUCUCGUUAGGUCUGUUAAUCACUGCGCUAAAGAGCAGGAGAGCAAAGUCUUGGAAGUACGGUUUCGGGUGGCUUAGGAGUUUCAUUGGAGAUUAUGGUGUUCCCUUAAUGGUCUUGUUCUGGACUGCAUUGUCUUACACGGUUCCUAGUAAAGCCCCUGAAAGUGUUCCUCGGAGACUGUUCUGUCCUCUUCCAUGGGAGACAGCUUCAUUGUACCAUUGGACUGUAAUGAAGGACAUGGGGAAGGUACCAGUAAUGUAUAUAUUUGCUGGGAUUAUACCUGCUGUGAUGAUAGCCGGACUUUACUUCUUCGACCAUAGUGUAGCUUCACAAAUGGCACAGCAGAAAGAGUUUAGUCUAAAGAAUCCUUCUGCUUACCACUACGACAUCUUCUUGCUUGGAAUAAUGACUUUGUUAUGUGGACUACUUGGACUUCCUCCUUCAAAUGGUGUUAUUCCUCAGGCUCCAAUGCACACAAAGAGUCUUGCAAUUCUCAACCGUCAGCUGACACGCAAGAAGAUGGUGAAGAGUGCAAAAGAGGGUAUGAAGAUGAAAGCAAGCAAAUCAGAAAUAUAUGGGAGAAUGCAAACAGUGUUUAUAGAGAUGGAGACAUGCUCACCUCAGGUUUGUUCAGUAGCUGCUGAUUUGAAAGGCUUGAAAGAAGUUGUGAUGAGACCAGAUCAAGGAGGAGAUACAAAAGGAAAGUUUGAUCCAGAUGUGCAUAUAGAGGCUAACUUGCCAGUUAGAGUAAACGAGCAAAGAGUGAGCAACUUGUUACAAUCAGUACUAGUGGGUCUAACACUUCUUGCUGUGCCAGUCAUCAAAAUGAUCCCAAGCUCCGUUCUCUGGGGUUACUUUGCUUAUAUGGCUAUAGACAGUCUCCCUGGAAACCAGUUCUGGGAGAGACUGUUGCUUCUCUUCAUCCCUCAAAGCAGACUCUUCAAAGUCUUGGAAGGAGUACACGCUUCAUUUGUGGAGUUAGUACCAUACAAAGUGAUUGUGACGUUCACACUUUUUCAGUUUGUUUACUUUCUCUUGUGUUAUGGCAUGACAUGGAUUCCUAUGGCUGGGAUAUUUUUCCCGGCGCUAUUCUUCCUACUCAUAAGUAUACGAGAACACUUGCUCCCCAAGUUAUUUGAUCCUCAACACCUUCAAGUGCUAGAUGCUGCUGACUAUGAAGAGAUAGUAGUUGCACCUAUACAACACUCAAGUUUCGCUUACCGGAAACUGGGAUCUUCUCGUCAUUUAUCAGAAGGUGAAGAAGAAGAUGAGUUUCAUGAUGCAGAGAUAUUGGAUGAGAUGACUACUAGUAGAGGAGAAAUCAGGAUCCGAACCAUAAGUUUCAAGGAGGUAAUAAUCAAAGUCUUUCAUGUAUAUUUCUCAUAA